ACCUCAAUGGAGGUGUCUCGUUUGCUCCACAGGAAAGUCUCCUCUCCUUUAUCAGCUGGUGUACUUCUUUCAGUAAAUAUGGGGAGCAACAGGGAAGGAAAGGGAGAAGAGGAAGACUUUUUUGUAGCUUCUAAUGACAAGAACAUUGAGUUAUGGGGCCUGAAAGUUAACAAGAGUCAAUUGAUGCUAGUAUUGGAGGGUCACCAGUUUCCAGUGACUCACCUAGCAGUAGCAGUCAAUGGACACUGUAUAUGCUCCCUCUCACACGAGUCUCUGUUGUUAUGGCAACUGGAGGACUGCCUACAAUCAUUGGCUAGUGCCAGACCACUCCCACCUCUGUCCUGCUCUCGUGAUGACGUUACCUGUCUUGUUCUUAGUCACAAUGGAGUCCAUUUAGCUGUUGCUAUCAAAAGAAUGAUCAUCAUUAUUGAAAUAAGAGAGGAGUCUGAUUUUAUCGUCAUCAGUAAAUUAUUUGGACACACUCAUGACGUGACGUUUGCUUCCUUUGUACCAGAAGACUCCACUCACCUUGUUACCGCCUCAGACGAUCGUACAUUCAAGAUAUGGAAUGUUCUGGAAGGAGGCCUUGUUUUUGAUUCCGGUUACAUCUCUUCUUCUCAUUUUAUGGGACUCUCUCUCCUCAGGGAUUAUUUUGCAAUAGGCACUGCUGAUGGAAAGGUGAGAGUUUAUUCUUGUCUCUCAUCAGUGAAAUGUACUUUAGUGAGAGAAAUUGACACUAAAUUAUUAACCAAUAGACAAAUAUCCUUGGGGUUUUCUGAGGAUCUUCUAGUGGAUAAAGAGAUUGCUCUCUCGGCUCUCUUGCUUUGGCCUGUAACCACACCCUCUUUUGAGACCACACCCACUGACACAAUAUACACCACUGGAGGAGGAGCACUUGACUCAAUAUCAAUCUAUAAUGAGUUGGUUACCAGUGGUUUAUGGUGCCUAAUCUACACCAGUAUUGGUUUAUUAUUAAUUGAUGUAAUGAGUAAUGAAAUCAUAUCACACUCUCAAUCACCAGAAGAAGAGGAUGCAUCUAAAGUUGGUGUAUUGUCAUCAAUGGGUGAGACAGUUCAAUUUUGGAAUCUAUCAAAUAAUCAAUUCUUAAUGCUAACAUCCUCCUCUUCAUCUUUUUCUCUCUUCAAUAUUACAAUUACUAAUACUUCAAAAAAACCUCUUACAGUAUCAGUUCUCUCAAGUGAGCCAUUGGUCAGUGGGUCUCCAUUGAAGGCAGAGCUUGUACCUACGGCAGUACCUCCUGCUCCUUCUCGUCCUGUUGGAAGAGGAAGCAAAACGAAAGGAGGAUCAGAUAAGCCAGUCACAUUCAGGUCAACUGUUAAGUCUUCAGGAUACCUUCAGUCUCCUCACAUGAAAAUGUUCCAGCCUUCAAUGCCAAAGACGAAACGAGAACCACAUCCACCCAGAGAGGUAACACUUAUUCCUGACACCAGUAUUGCUGAUUCAAAGCAUAAAGGAAUCAGUCACUUGAAGUAUAAUACUAAUGGAUCUCACCUUGCUUGUUGUGGCGAAUCCCCUUCCAUUUAUUUAUUUAAAUCAAAAGAUAAUCAGCAGAAUUUAUUACAAGGUCAUGAUGGGCGUGUCAGGAGUAUUGAGUGGGGCCACGCCCACUCUUGGUUAUUAUCGUGUUCUGUUGAUAAAAGUGUGUGCCUUUGGUCGACUGGAGGGAGGGGAAGGGGAGACACUCAGUGUUUGAUGAGGAUUAAUCACACGAUCCAUAAUUUUAAAGAAAAAAAUGAAACUAAUGUUCCUUUCCCUGGUGAAAUAUCUAAUGCUAAGUUUUAUUAUUUGGACAAGUUUAUUUUAUUAACUUUUGAAAACAAGCUCAACCUUUACAAGUAUUACAUUGACCCUAAUCCUCCUCCAGACAUUAAGAGGUACCAAUCAAAGAAUCAUUACAAACAAGUCAUUUCGGUGAUUCCAAACUUGGCCCAAUCACUCACUGCACUCUCUGCCAUCAAUAAUUUCUAUUCUUAUAUUGUUAUUACAGCCGGUUCAAACAGGUCACUUAAUGUAACAGACAUGAAUACAUGUAAGGAGGUGUGGUCAAAAGACGACGCUCACUCAACACGACAUGUACACUGGAUCAUGCAAAAUAAGGGAUCAAAAGCAUGUGGGUGUGUCCCCCAGUCGCAUGAUCUUUUUGCCACAUCAGCAGUUGGCGGCGGUAUCAAACUCUGGGACUUGAGAACUCAAAAGUGCGUGAGGUGGUAUACAGGUUUUGUAAACCGGUCUGUACCAGUUAGAACCAGUUUUAGUAUGUGUGGGCGUUACAUUGCAACCGGAAGUGAAGAAAAUGCAGCAAUAGUUUUUGAUUUACGCUACAUUUCUCCUGUUACUAAGUUACAGUGUCCCAUAGCAUCAUCAUCAGUAAUAUCAUCAGUGGAUUAUCACCCUCAUAAUAUUGGACUCUCUUGCUGCUCAACCAAUGGCUCAAUUUUCUCAUUUUCAAAUUUUUAAUUCAAAAACCAGAUAUAUACCUCACUAACCCUCACUAGUAGUCAACAUAAAAAAUUUAAACAAAUUAA